AAUGGUUCCUUCCUCACGUCCUCAGUUCAUCUCAUCUUGAGUUACUGAUCCUGCUUGACUGAUCUUGCGCGGCCUUGGAGCCCACCAAUAUCUAUAUAAAUACCCUUUCUCACCCCUUUGAUUCUGACUUCUUUCUUCCUCCAGACCAACACCACUCCCUUUGGCACUGACGGCUGUGAAGAAAUGGAGCAGCAGCUCCAGACUACUCAGGUUGAGAAUGCUCGGCUGAAGGCUGAGAAUGCUCAAUUCAAGGCAGACAGUGCAAGAGCCAAGGCUGAGAAUGGGAAGUUGAGGGAGGCCAUUGGCACCGCUGGUCUUGCCUUUGACGAGAACGAGAGGCUCCGGGCCGUGAUUCUGCGACUUGAGAAGGUAGCAUCUCACAAAGUCAUCCAGAACGAGAACUUGUUCCAGCAGAUGGCCGAUAUCCAAGGCCAGGCUCUGGCUUUGAACCAAGAUCGAGAUAGGCUUCGGAUUAAGAACCGCCUUCUCCGAGCUGAGCUGAGCCAUGCAAUCAGGACACUCCUUGGUCUUCACAGCGAGAACAUGGAGCUGAAGGACAAGGAAAAGGACGCCACGAUGGGUGUCCAGAUCCUCACCGACAUGCUCGCUGCCGUAUACAACAAGAUCGUUGAUGACGCCCCGGACAUCAUGCCUACUCUUUCGGAGCGUGUGCAGAAGACUAUCGAACAUGUCUACGAGAAUUGGAAGGAGGAGCAGUUUCUGCAGGUCUUUCACCCUGGGCAGGCGAUGCAGACAACCUCUCCCUAUGACAUCGUACCUCGGCACACCCCGGUCCCUUCUCGUGGCGGUAUUGAGUUCAUCCCUCUUGACGGCAACGAGGAAGAUGAAGAUACCCCGAACGGCGGAUCUGGUACUUCUACAGUCGUGCCCCCUGCACCGCAGCCACAACAACCGGUGCAGCAUCAGCUCCCUCCCCACAUUCCCAAUCACAACAUUGCCAAUCCGCACGCCACUGGCUUUAUACCCGGUCAGACCAACAUAUUCAGGCUGAUCAUCGACUCCCCUGGUCAACCGUUGUAUGAGAAUAACAUGCCGCAUAUCGACAGCCCUCACACGCCUACCACUGGUGGUCCUGCCCCUCCUAAUGGCGGUACUAUCAGCCUCUCCGACAACCUUUACGAUCCUGAUACCCCCACCCUUCGUGGCGCUUCUAACGCCGUCGAUGGUCGCGAGGAUCCCCGCGAUGGUAUUACUAUGACCAAUGAUGAAUCCGAAGGUCACGAGGAUCUCCAGACUCCUCAGACUCCUCAGACUCCUCAGACUCCCACUCCUCUUCGGCACCAUGGAGCAAAUGUUCUUGGAACACCAGAUGCUUGAGUGUAGGCAGUGAACUAAGUUUUUCGGACCUCUUUCGAUCAGGCAAGAGCAACCACGAUUCCCAUAAGCGCAAUGAUCAUGACUGCUCGCACUUGUGCAUGCAUUUUGCAGUAAGGCGUCAUGACAAGUCAAAAGAGCUUUCCUAGCGCAUUGGUCUUUGCAACAGUUCACUUUGGGCAUCUUGGAGGUUCUGAUUGCUUUGGAAAGCCUCUGGGCUUCAUUAGAGUCUUGGUCCCGGUUGUUUUUGGCCUUAUCGCAAUCACGGCUCUUUGAUCACGACUUGGCAACAACGAUCAAGUUCGCAUAACGACUCUUCUUUGGUGUGGUACGG